AAACUGCGGAUUACUGUGACGAAAAGGCCGCGGACCUGAAUGGGGAAUUUAGAAGGGAUUUGAAUAAACUUUGGCGUCCGUAUCUCCAGAAGCUUCUGCUUCUAUCUCUCCGUAUAUAACGCUUUUUAUUCUUUCUCCACUACUUUUCAUAUCAUUCUCUGCAUUUUGUAAGGUCGAGAGAGAAUUUUAUUCCAAUAUCUCAUGAUGUCUUACUCUAAAAGGUCAAGGUAUUCCCCUUCUCCUUCCCCAUACAGGCGAUACAGCAGGUCAGUGUCGAGGUCUUUGUCCAGGUCCAGGUCAAGGUCAAGGAGCCCCUCAAGCGAUGUGGAAAAUCCGGGUAACAAUUUGUAUGUGACAGGGUUGUCACCUCGGAUCACUAAGAGAGAUCUUGAGAAGCAUUUUGCUAGUGAGGGAAAGGUGAUUGAUGUUCAUCUUGUGGUUGAUCCAUGGACUAGAGAAUCUCGUGGAUUUGGAUUUGUUACCAUGUCCACUCUUGUGGAAGCUGAUCGCUGCAUUAAGUAUCUGAACCGUUCUGUUCUUGAAGGGCGUGUCAUUACAGUAGAGAAGGCUAAAAGGCGGAGAGGACGAACUCCUACUCCUGGAAGGUAUCUGGGGCUUAGAACAAUUCGUGGUAAGUUGCGCCGAUUGACACCUAGUCAUUCUCCCCAUCGAUCUCCCAGCUACUCUCGUUAUCGGGGUAGCCUAAGCCGAUCACCUCGUUAUUCAUCUGAGCGCAGUAGGAGCAGGUCAUAUUCUCCCCACUACAGACGCCGCAGCAGGAGUAGGUCAUUUUCUCCCAGCUACGGACGCCGCAGUAGGAGUAGGUCAUAUUCUCUCUAUUACAGGCGCCGCCGAUCAUACUCUCCUUACUACAGAAGCCGCAGAUCAUAUUCACCCUACUAUUACAGUCGGCAUCGGUCUUACUCUCGAUCUCGAUCUCCUUACAGCAGGUCUCCUGUAAGCAGGCAUGAUCGCUCAUGCUCACCUUAUGGCUCUAGGUAUGAUUCACCAGGUGAGCGGUAUUAUAGAAGACAUAGACAUCGGUCUGUCUCUAGUAGUCCUGGACGAAGGACUAGAAGAAGUGCAAGGAGCUAUUCACGCAGCAUUUCACCUAGUCCAAGGAGGAGCUCAAGGAGGAGCUAUUCUAGUAGUCGCUCCCCUCCACCAAGAAGCUCAAGGAAAAGUUACUCUAGGAACCCCUCUCCAAGAAUGAGGGAGUCCUUGAAGAGAAGUUACUCUAGAAGUAUUUCCCCGAUACGAAGGAAGAGGUCAAGGAGGAGUAGGUCCCGCAGUGCUUCAUCAGUGCAUGAUUCUCAGGAUACUUACUCUAGGAGUCGAAAUUUGAGUGCAAGUUCCAGAUCUGUUUCUAGGUCUCCAACCCCUAGGUCUGCGUCUCCUUCAUCUUGAGAGGGAGUGGAAGUGUCUGCUGUUGUAUCUUUAUAGAUUAUAUGGCCUUAAGUUCUUCAAGUCUGGGCAUGGUAAUCUACUUCCUGUAUAUCGGAGUUUGUCACCUUUCUUUGCAACUUAUCGCAGAAUAAUUACUGUGGCUUUAUGUUAGCUCAUACUUGCUAUUUAGUUGUCGGCAUGCUUAGAACUGUGCUACUAUUUUUGGUGGCUUCUAAUGCAUGAAGCCUGAAAUUGUAAGGAUCUCAUAAUCUGCCCGAGCUUGUAGCUGAUGGACACGUUUUAUUCAUCCUUCAGUUGAUAGUCAUUUCUUUCUUCAUUAA